CGCUGGAAGUCACCUGACUUCAUGUGUUGCUGUUGAAGGAAAAAAAUGGCUGCCCAUCUUUCAUACGGCAGAGUGAAUUUAAACAUCUUGAGAGAAGCGGCACGAAAAGAGCUUCGAGAGUUUUUGGACAAAUGUGCGGGAAGUAAGGCCAUCGUUUGGGACGAGUAUCUGACGGGGCCUUUUGGUCUGAUAGCCCAGUAUUCUCUCCUGAAGGAACAUGAAGUGGAAAAGAUGUUCACCCUGAAGAACGGCAGACUCCCCUCUGCUGACGUCAAAAACAUAAUCUUCUUCGUCCGUCCCAGGCUGGAGCUGAUGGACAUCAUUGCCGAGAACAUAUUCAGUGAAGAUAAGCAUCAUCCAGCGCGAGAUUUUCACAUUUUGUUCGUGCCGCGGCGGAGCAUGCUGUGUGAACAGCGGCUGAAGGAGCAGGGCGUGCUGGGCUCCUUCGUCAACAUCGACGAGUAUAUCCUGGACCUGAUUCCUUUUGACGGGGACCUGCUUUCCAUGGAGUAUGAAAGUGCUUUUAGGGAGUGCUACCUGGAAAAUGACCAGACAAGUUUGUACCACACAGCCAAGGGCCUCAUGACCUUACAGGCCCUCUACGGCACCAUCCCUCAGAUAUUUGGGAAGGGAGACUGUGCACGGCACGUUGCCAACAUGAUGUUGCGGAUGAAGAGGGAGUUUGCCGGCACUCAGAAUCAGAUUCUACCGGUGUUUGACACUCUUCUUCUCCUGGACCGUAAUGUUGACCUGCUGACCCCCCUGGCCACACAGCUCACCUACGAGGGUCUUAUUGAUGAGAUCUAUGGAAUAAAUAAUGGAUAUGUCAAGCUGCCUCCUGAGAAGUUUGCACAGAAGAAGCAAGGUGAAGGUAGUAAAGAUCUGCCCACAGAGCCCAAGAAGUUGCAGCUGAACUCGGCAGAGGAACUGUAUGCGGAGAUCCGGGACAAAAACUUCAACGCAGUCGGUGCAGCGCUCAGCAAAAAGGCCAAAAUUAUAUCGGCAGCCUUUGAGGAGCGCCAUAACGCUAAAACAGUGGGCGAGAUAAAGCAGUUUGUGUCUCAGUUACCUCACAUGCAGGCGGCUCGAAGCUCGCUGGCUAACCACACCUCUGUUGCUGAGCUGAUCAAAGAUAUAACCACGUCCGAGGCCUUCUUUGAUAACCUAACAGUGGAGCAGGAGUUCAUGACAGGUGUUGACACAGACAAGGUGAACACGUACAUAGAGGACUGCGUUGCCCAGAAAGACCCACUAAUCAAGAUUCUGCGUCUGGUCUGCAUGCAGUCGGUCUGCAACAAUGGCCUCAAGCAGAAGGUGCUGGACUACUACAAGAGGGAGAUACUCCAGACUUAUGGCUAUGAACACAUACUAACGCUGAGCAACCUGGAGAAGGCGGGUCUUCUGAAGCCACAGACAGGCUCAAGAAACAACUACCCAACUAUUAGAAAAACUCUCAAACUGUGGAUGGAAGACGCCAACGAGCAGAACCCGAACGACAUCUCGUAUGUGUACAGCGGCUACGCGCCGCUCAGCAUCCGACUGACUCAGGUGCUGGCGAGGCCGGGCUGGCGCAGCAUCGAAGAGGUGCUGAAGAUGCUCCCAGGCCCACACUUUGAGGAGAGACAACAGCUUCCGUCUGGACUCCAUAAGAAACGCCAGCAGGGGGAAAACCGAACCACGCUGGUUUUCUUCCUCGGCGGGGUGACGUACGCAGAAAUAGCCGCUCUGCGUUUCCUCUCUCAGAUGGAAGACAGCGGGAUGGAGUACAUCAUAGCCACGACCAAGCUCAUCAACGGCACCAACUGGAUCAAAUCCCUCAUGGACCGACCCGAAUCCCAGACUCCCUGAGUCUCCAGCAUGUACAGCCUGCUACGUCAGACCCCCCCAUCCACCUGAAAGCAUCUAACCCCCACGUGAAGACUUUCGGCUUCACAUGCAAGCAAGACCCAAUUGUAAUACGUUCGCUUACUGGUCACAACCAAGAUGAAUCUGGAUUAAUAGUUCCACUUCCUUCACAUCUCUUUAUUUUAUUGUUACAUGACUGCUUAACUAAAGAUAUACUGUAUAUAUGUAUGUAUGCAAGAUUUCAAUGUGUUAAUAUUGAUGCUCUUUAAUUGGCAUCUGAAAAGCUUCUGUUUCUUUUUGCGACCCGUCUUUUACUCAUGAACCUGGGUAAAUAAAAGAUUAAUCUAC